CUGAACUCCCGCUUCGCUUCCCGCCGCAGUUCCGCAGGGACGUGAUCAAGGCCAUCCCCAUCGGCGUGCUCGCCAUCCCGCCCUUCGCCAACUUCCUGGUCCUCGUCCUGAUGUAUUUCUUCCCGCGCCAGCUCCUCAUCCGCCACUUCUGGAUGCCCAGCCAGCAGGUGGAGUUCCUGGACGCCUACCACGCCAUCCGCAGCGCGGCGUACGCCGAGGUGCUGCAGAGCCUGGCCCUGGCGGCGCGCUCCCUGCCCGAGGCCCCGCUCCAAACCCAGCUGCAGGAGCUCUGCGCCAAGGUGCAGCACGGGUCCCAGCCGCAGGUGGCCGAGCUGUUUGCCGUCAGAAGCCUCUUUUCGGGGCCCCCCCUGGCCCUGAGCAAGCUGCGUGUCUCCCACGUGAGGGCCCUGAGCCACGUCCUGUUCCUCACCCCCCGCCUGCCGGCCUUCCUCCUGAGGCACCGCCUGCGCGGCCACGUCCUGGAGAUCCGGCACCUGGACCGGGCCCUGCUGCGCCUGGGCUUGGGGCAGCUGACCGAGGAGGAGCUGAGAGCGGCUUGCUACCUCCGGGGCUUGAACUCGACGCACCUCGGCCUGGCUGAGUGCAGAGCGUGGCUGGAGCAGUGGCUGCGGCUCUCCUGCAAGCUGCAAGUGUCCGAGGUGUCCCUGCUGGCCAACAGCAUGGUCCUGCUGUCCCUCAACUACCUGGGGGCCAAGGGCUGAGCGCAGAGGGCCCCGGCUGCGACCCCUCGCCUGCGGCAUCGCGGGGGGCUUGCGCUCCCCCCCCCGGCCCUGGCACCUG